CUCACGUUCUUCAUUUGCUCCCCAGUCAAACUCAAACUAAUAGCAUCGUGAAAAAAAGAAAGGGGAGAGGGGGAGAGAAAAGAAAAAAACCGUACCUUCUUUUCUUUCUCUUCCUCUUCCUCCGGCCAUUCACCAUGUCGCUGCCGCACAAACCUGAUUACUCCGCCACCAGCGACCCCGUGCUUCCAGCGAUGCUACAGGGGGUCGCCACACUGGGAGGGGAUACGGUCGGAGAAGAAGGAGCAAUGGUGGAAGCGAUGCUAUAAGAAGGUGCGAGAGUGGUCGGAGAUUUCGGCCGGACCGAAGUGGAAGACGUUCAUACGGCGGCUGAACUAUGGCGGAGGAGGAAGAGACCGCCCGUACAUGAAGAACGGAGGGUUCCACUACGAUCCAAUGAGCUAUGCGAACAACUUCGACGAAAGCGCGGUUAAAAACGACGAUGACGCAGUUGCCGCGAUCUCGUUUUCUGUUCGGUACGCUUCCCUUCCGAACUCUGCGAAGUCGUCCAUGGAUCUCGGUAAGGACGCGCCGGAUUUUUCGUGAUUGUCACGUGCCGUCUGAUGGGGAGGAGUAAGAGGAGGGGGACGGGAGAGAAGUCGGUUAUUUUUAUUUUUUUUAUUAUUUAAUUUUUUAAUUAAAAUUGCAAGUAAUUGUAAAUUGUAAAUUUAUAUGCUGGAAAUAAAAAUUAAUACAGUAGUGAGAACUGAGAAGUUUGUGUAGUACGUAGGUACGAGAGUUUGAUAUCAAAAUUGUCCCGACAAAAUUCGGUGGAAAAUAUAUCAUUGGAUUAAUCCGUUA